GUGCUUGUGACAGUAUUCGCUUCCUGGGCUCGGUAUGAGAGGGCGAUCGCAGGGACAUGGCGUCCUGUAUGAGAUCCAGGACGCUCAGCAAGGAUGAUGUGAAUUAUAAGCUUCAUUUCAGGAUGAUCAACGAGCAGCAAGUGGAGGACAUCACCAUCGACUUCUUCUACAAGCCCCACACCAUCACGCUGCUGACCCUCUCCACCAUCAGCCUUAUGUACUUCGCCUUCACGCGGGAGAACACCAGCCAAGAAGAUAACAUUUGGAAGGGCAUCCUCUCUGUGAUCUUUUUCUUCUUAAUUAUCAGCGUAUUGGCUUUCCCAAAUGGUCCCUUUACAAGGCCACAUCCAGCUCUCUGGCGAAUGGUUUUUGGUCUCAGUGUACUUUAUUUCUUGUUUCUUGUGUUCUUAUUGUUCUUAAACUUUGAACAAGUGAAGGCUGUUAUGUACUGGCUGGACCCCAACCUACGCUAUGCCACCAGAGAAUCCGACAUCAUGGAAUAUGCUGUUAACUGCCACGUUAUUACCUGGGAGCGGAUACUCAGCCACUUUGACGUAUUUGCGUUCGGCCAUUUCUGGGGUUGGGCCAUGAAGGCUUUGCUAAUCCGCAGCUAUGGCCUCUGUUGGACAAUCAGCAUCACUUGGGAACUGACAGAGCUCUUUUUCAUGCAUCUUCUUCCUAACUUUGCUGAAUGCUGGUGGGAUCAAGUCAUUCUGGAUAUCCUUUUGUGCAAUGGAGGUGGCAUCUUGCUGGGCAUGAUUGUCUGUCGCUUUUUGGAGAUGAGAAGCUAUCACUGGGCAAGCUUCAAGGACAUUCAUACUACUACCGGGAAAAUAAAACGAGCUGUUCUGCAGUUCACACCCGCAAGCUGGAUCUACGUGAGAUGGUUUGACCCGAAGUCGUCCUUUCAGAGAGUAGCUGGCGUGUACCUCUUCAUGAUAAUCUGGCAGCUGACUGAACUAAACACGUUCUUCUUAAAGCAUAUCUUUGUGUUUCAAGCAAGUCACCCCUUGAGCUUUUGUCGGAUUCUCUUUAUUGGGGUGAUAACGGCACCCACUGUCAGGCAGUACUAUGCAUACCUUACAGACACGCAGUGCAAACGCGUUGGGACCCAAUGCUGGGUGUUCGGUGCAAUUGCUUUCCUCGAAGCGAUAGUGUGUAUCAAGUUUGGCCAAGACCUUUUCAACAAAACCCAUUUGUUGUACGUGGUGCUCUGGCUUCUCUGUGUUGCUAUAACUACUUUUCUGUGCCUGUAUGGCAUGGUGUGGUACGCUGAGCACUAUGAGCCACGGCAAAAGACGUAUUCAGAAUGUGAAGACAGCACUUAUAAUACAGACAUCCCCUGGCAACAUCCUGAAAAAAUAGUUGAUGCCCCAGUGAAGCACAGCGAGCACACAACCUCAAGAAGGAAGAACCGCUCCAGAGCAAAAGUUACCAAUGGAGUUGGCAAAAAAUAAGUGGGAGAUUCAGAGCAAGCGUUGGAAACGGAGCCGGGGGCUGGACCUAGCAGUGAGAAUAUUCUGCUGAGGUUGUUAAACUUUAGAAGGGUAGAGAAUGCAUGGGGUACAAACAGAUCUUCUUCAUGUCGGAGGUUCUCCAGGGAACCUCAUGCUAAAUGCCAGAUCCUGUGUAACCCUGACUUGCGAUUCACAGCCUGAUCUUAUCUGCUCCAUAGAAUCUUUAGAGAAUUUGGAACCUGCGGUCACCAUUAAGCUGUUCAGGC